AUGAAGCGAGUUCUAAACCUGCUAAUUAUAUGCUAUGAGGUGCUGUCGACGGGUCCAGCGCUGCUCAUCCAGUUCACUGCUAACUCAGCCACACCUGGCCAAGGGUUUGCAGCCACAUUCCUGUUCCAACCCCCACCUGACUCAACUGCUGCUGAUUCAGAUCGACUACUUAAGCUGAGUUUUGGCAAAGCUUUCGAGUCUCUGGGGCCUGAAGUAAGCGCCACAACAUUUAAUAACAUGUACAUAACGCAAGAGGCACAGUACUCCUCAUUAAGAGGAUCGCUAGACGCAUCCCUUUGUUCAAGCACCCGAAACUAA